AAAAGUGUUAAGAUUCUUAGAGGCAUGUCAUUUGAUCGUUUGCAUCUUGCAGUGGAAAUUCUUCUGUAAAAUUUGUCGAUUGAGAAAAAAGAACCGAAAUGCGGGUGAAAAUUCUAUUAAGUUCUGUGUUAGUUCUUCUUGUGAUUGAUAGCGCAUUAGGAUGCUUGUGCCUGAGGAAUCGUGGUAUGUGCAAUUGCCUUCCACGUGCAAGAUUGUGGCGUCCAAGACCACGAAAUAUUGUGGCUGUGAUUCAACCUCUACCACAGGAUCAGCUAGUUAAUCCAAAUAUUUGUCGGUGUGGACGACCACUUCUGCGUCCAAUAAAUCCCAUUCUUCCACCAGACUUUUCGGAUUCAUUGCAGGACUUCAAUCAGCCUGCUUUUGGGGCACGUUGCCUUUGCACAAAACAACCCGAAGACAUUGAUUGCCUCCCAUCCAAUGAUUUGCCAACCACCAUCCCAUGGAGUCCACAAAUUCUCCCAAAUAGACCCAUGCUCCACCCACGAUUGGCACCUGAAAUCCUCCCACCUGCUGACCUACUACCCGGUACACCUUUCUGGACUGUCAAUGAAGAAGGAAAUCUUCAACUCACCCCAGGAAAUAUCGCACCAUACGAUACCCUUCCACCACUUAAUGAUCUUCCUGAAGAUGAUUGUGAAGAGGAAAAAAUUGAGCAAGAUGAGAAUGUGUUUCAAUACCUCAAUCAACUCUUCAAAUCAGGUGCUGAAAAUAUAUUUGGACAACUGAAUUAUCAGUAAAUAAUAACAACAAAAAAUAUUAUUCUUGCAAUUUCCAAAAUAAAGGCCACAUAAAAGCAAAUUCAUUGCAUAAA